AUCCAGCUCGAGAUGAACAUGGAACCAAAACGCCUCCAGCAAGACGUGAGAACAAGGUGGAAUAGCACCUACUACAUGAUAGAGAGUCUGCUGGAACAGAAGCGAGCCCUGUCUGCCUAUGCUGCUGACCAUGACCUACCGACAACACUCACGGCAAACCAGUGGACCUUGCUUGGAAAAACAAAGACCUGCCUUGAACCAUUUGAGGAGUUUACUAGGAAGGUGUGCUCCGCCACUGCCUCUGCUGCUGAUGUUAUCCCAAGUGUCACUGUUCUCAAACGUGUCCUCUCCAUGGAAACAGAAGCUGACUCUGGUAUUAAAACCAUGAAAAAGACCCUCCUAGAGGCCAUCGACAAACGCUUCAGCACAGUGGAAGAUGAACCUCUUUAUGCACUCCUCUUUAUGCACUUUCAACACUGCUGGACCCAAGAUACAAAGACAGAUUCUUUACUAGUGCAGAGUCUGCAAAGCAUGGAAAAGAUGCACUGGCCAAAGAACUGGAGGAAGACUUGA